CUAUUUCGAACACCCGUCCUCAGCUCCGUUCGUGACCGACGCAAACGCAACCGCUCAACACUGCGGACCUCCCGAAUCGGAAGCGCGGAACGAAGCGAACACGCGAGCCGAACCGGAGCCGGCGUGUCGGACCAGCUGGAUAGAGCCGCGAUCGACCCAACCGCCGCCGACGCGAUCCGCUCGACGACUGAAGCAUCGGCGAGCCGGCUCGGCAGGUCUCGGCGGGCGGGGGAGGCGGGAGGUGCGCGACCUCCGCAGCCCCGCGCCGUCACUAGAACGAAAUCGCGAGGGGGCGGGGCGCGGGGAGCCAGCACGCGGUCGGCCGCGACGCUCGCCGCUGCACCUCUCUCCGCGCUUUACAUAACGCUGCACGAAACGAGGUCGGACCGUCCGCCGCGCUCUACGCUCACGGAAUACCGAGAGGCUCGCGCCGAUCGAACGUAGGUGAUGAAACCGCAACAUUAGCACGCAGAUGUCGCGCGCCGACGAGCAGCCGCCGGAGUCACUGAACCUCGACCACGCCGGAUAAGGUGAAUGGAACACUGCAACCGAACAAAACUAGUGCACCUUUUUGCGGCCGCUCUCCUCACGCACGAGACAGUUCAGCUUUCUGAGGACCGUGCGUGGCGCAACGCCGCCGAACAACCUCACUCCGGAGCGCGUACUACAAUAGAAGUAACGAACGCAGAUUACGAGUUCGAUUUGGUAGUUCGUAAUCGCAUCGCAUAGUGUAACAAAUCGUCAGACUUCUCAAACAGCCUCGAACAUCGACUAAAUACAGGUCGUUUCUAGUCGAACGGUAAAUAUAAUGCAAUAGGUACGCGCGGAAUACGCGCAUUAGAAAUCGUCGAAAUCUAGUUUUGACCCCGCCUCGCCGUUAAUGAAGUAAUUCUGCUUGCGUCAUCAGCACUAAUCUUCCUAAUAGGAUUUCUCGUGUGUACGUUUGAUGGCGCACUUGUCGACAGAGGCUAUGCGCGCCGCCGCGUCGCCUGCACGUGGUAGCUGAACCGCGAGAUUACUGCUCACACACACACAAUACCUAUUAUGUACUAUUUUCGAUGUUUGUAAGAUAUUUUAUGAAACUAAAAUAGGGGCUGUGCACGCUAUCACCUCCCAUAAACACUCGAAAUUAUUCAUGCGAGCUGAAAACUUUGAUUCGUUCAUAUUAUAAAUCGAAACAAAGAGAUCUACCGGUGCCGAUAAACAGAAUAUGGGCCGAUUUUACGGAAGCCGCGUCGAAUUUGGUUCGAUGUUCAUUGUUGUCCGCACAUGCCUGCCCUUGUACCCGCAGAAGAGGUAGCUAGGUCUGGAAUUAUAAGACAACAGUCGCCUAGUCGUGUCGGUAGCUUACAUUUUUUAUUUAUUUUAAUACUUCACUCAAAGUUUCAAUCGGGGGUGCGGGGAGUCUCAGUGCAAGACUCGGUUGCAGGUUCCGAUAAGAGGCUGGGCGGGGGGAGGGGUGGCGCAUGCGUGCGGCGGCUGACCUUGACGCGGUGCAACGUGCAGUCCGACCGACAACACUUCCCCCCACAGCUCUUUGCUUGCCCCAGUACCCCCCUCCCUCGGGGAACUCCACGCAAUCGUCUUCCCCCCUCGUGCCUUUAGCAACCACACCUGCCGGUUUAGCAGGUUAUUGCGACGCGACCCGUCAGUGGCCAGAUUCUAUUUCUGGAAUCUCGAAGCCAAAAGCCGUAUUCGCGUACGAAACUUGCAAAAGUGCAUCUCGAUUGUGAAUUCGCAUCUUCUAAGUUAUUAAAAAUGAUAUACUUAGAUAUUUUGCGUGAAAUAUAUAAAAAAACAGGAGCGAUUUUGUUGAAAGCUUAAUAGAGGAAAUGAAUAAAACGAUGUGCAAUCGAUGUUAAAACACGAAACACGGACUUGGGAGUGGAAACAGUGAGGGGACUCCACCCACCGGAUGCCGAGAUAUGACUCGGCGGCGCGCGAAAGCUUUGUGAUUUAUGCAACCUAUGUACACAAUGAGACUAAAUCAAAACGAUGCCGUCCAAAAAAAUAAACGGCUACUUCUAAAAACAUUACAGAAUCAAACAACACCGAGCAGAGAGUUAGGACCUACCCCUAAAUCACGUUAUAAACAAAGACACAAAGUAUUUACGUGCGUUGUUCAUCAAUUAUUGUACGAGUUUCAUCAUUCAUUGUUGAAGGUUGCUCCAUCGAUGCGGCCAAAUAAAGAAAUGAGAACAUGUAUAAUUGUGCCUUUAAAGACAGGGUACCGGUUGCGCGAACGAAAGCGUGCAGAAUUCCAAAUCGUAUACUUGGAUACUCCAUUUUUUUUACCUCUAAAUAUUGCUAAGAACCCGAUAAUUAGAAAGAGUGAUGUACCGUAUGAACGCGGUUACUGGCCUAAACCAAACCAAAAUGAUAUGGUGUCUUAAUUAUGAUUAAGAUUCCUCUAAUG